AUGGUGAUUGCUUGUGAAUCGUGGCCAUUGCCAAAGCCCGCGGCUGCUGCGUCAACGGUGAGCGGAAAGUCACCGCCGGCGUCUGCCUCGGGGAGUGCAGCAAUGAAGCCGCCAGUCCCCCCUGCCCCGAAGCUUGUUCCCUCUGCCGCUGAUGUCUCUGCGAGUCCGACUCCGGCCCUUGUGUCGAGCGACUCUCCGACGUCCCCACUGCUUGCUCCGCCUGCCCCUGUUGCCAAGCUGGGCCCUCCCGCUCCUGUCGUGAGUCCCGCGAGCCCCGCUCCUGGUCCGCCGGCUGUCCCUGAGGCAACUGGUGUUGAUCCACAUGUUCCCGUCCCUGCCGCACCUGAUGCACAGCCCGCUGCUGUCCCCGCCGUGUUGGCGCCUGCCGCUGCUUUGUCACCGCAGGCGGUGUCCGCCACCACUGGCAACCUGGCUCCGUUGGUCGUGCCCUUGGCGCCUGGUAUGAUGCCGAUGGCCCCGGCGGGUCAACCGCCGCGCCCCCCCUCGACUGACCGCCGCCUGUCUCGCCACGGAGCGGCAGUGCGCGAGGAGAGGGCAGUGCAGAGCCAGAGUAGUCCGCUGCGGGCCGCGCCGGCGCAUGUGGCUCAUCGUCAGGCUGUGCCUCCCGUGGACCUUCCGCCAGGUGCUGCACUUCCUCCUCCUGUCCUUGGCCCAUCGGCUCCGCCUCCUGCUGCCUCGGCAGCUGCUCCUGGGUCUCGUCUUUGCCUGCCGCCUCCGCCGGUGGCAGGUGUGGAGUUUGUUGCCGCUGGUGGAGCGGCGGGGGCGCAGUACUCUCCUUGUCUCGCUGCGGAUGAGCCGCUUCCCUUCUUGGCGGUGGCACUUCAGCCCCCGCAGACCUGUGUUCUUGAGGCGACGCUCGGCCAGUUGCACCGUCUUGCGGAGAGCCUUCACGCGCUGCUGCUGAUUCAGGUGCUGGCCCAUUCGUCCCUCCCUGCGAUCCCUGCUGACUCGUUUCAUGACCGGCCGCGCGAGACUUGCCUGGACGCGGCGGACCAGCUCGCACAGUUGCUGGCGCCCACGUUGCAUGUGCUCGCAGAGGGUGGCGCUGCGGCUGUGGGACAGCUUGACGAGGCUGUACGGGGCUUGAGGCGACACUUGCGCGCAGGAUCUGGAGCCACGGCGAUCGGCGCAAGUACGCUGGUGGUCCGUGAGCUGUGGCAGACGUUGACGGGCAUUCUCCACGCACUCGGAGCUCACCGGAUGUAG